AUGAAGGUCCAAGUGGGUGGCCUAGCUUCGUCCAUGUUCAAUAUCGUUUGCGUUUUCUUGGCCCUUCAACUCGGCCCGGCCUUAUCCCAAGGCCCAAGCUGCCCUUUCGAGUACUUGUACCACUUUGGGGAUGGAGUCACGGACAACGGCAACUCCAUUUACGUUGUCCCCAAAGUUCCAAAUCCGGCCGGACGAAAGCCGUACGGCAUGACUUAUCCCGGUUAUCCUACCGGCCGUUGGUCGGACGGCCGUGUCGAUUUCGACUACACGGCUGAGGAUUUUGGGCUGCCUGAAAUCGUACCUUACUUGAACAUGAACCACUCGAGGGCGGCCGAUUAUCACGGUGUCAUAUUCUCGACGGCUCGGAGCCCAGUGCUGGACUUCAGCUUCUUCAAAAAACGCAACAUUGUCGUCCCACCUUACGCGGUUCCCCUUAGCACACAAAUGCGCUGGUUUAAGAGACAUCUUAAAACCAUUUGUGACUCGCGAUCCGAAUGCUCGGAAUGGAUUGGGAGUUCUCUGGUAUUGAUGGGAGACAUUGAAGGCAAUGACAUUACGUAUGCGUUGACUCAAGGGAAGACUAUCAAGGAAGCUCGGUCAUAUGUGCCGGCUAUUAUAAAGGCUCAAAUUGAUGCGACAAGGGAGACCAUCAGGUUAGGUGCGAGGCGAGUGAUUAUUCCUGGAAAUGGACCUCUCGGAUGCUACCCUUUCAUUUUGACCGCUCUACAAACAAAGGACCCGACUGCAUACGACGAGCUGGGUUGUUUGAAAAGCGUGAACGAGCUCGCAGUUUAUAAAAACGACUAUCUCCUAAGCGCCAUGGAAGAUCUCCGACGCGAAUUUCCGAACGUGUUGAUACUCUACGGCGGCCUGUAUGAUGGCAUCCGAACAAUUAUUGCCAACUCAUCAGUCAUAGGUCCUAACGGAAACAGUGCGUUGAAAUCGUGCUGUGGGAUUGGAGGGAAAUACAAUUUCGAUAGCAAGAGAUUCUGUGGAGAUAAAGGAGUCCCGGUUUGCAAAAACCCGAACGACUAUAUAUAUUGGGACGGGAUGCAUUUCACGCAGCAGACUCACUGGGACUUUGAGGACAUGUUGGUGAGGCCGGCACUCAUUACCCUCAACUGCACGCCACUCAUAGAUGCCAACACGCGCGCCAUGCGCAGCAGGAUUAGCAUUCGCAGUCUUGUUGGUAAUGUCAUGGCCGGGGACUCGAGAUCUAGCAUGUGA